AUGGCUGCAAAAUAUCCUCAACGCAAGAUCGGAGACGCCUCCGUCUCGGCCAUUGGGCUCGGAUGCAUGGGCAUGAGCUUUGGCUACACAUCGUAUGGAGGCUACGACGACGAGGAGUCGCUCAAGGUCCUGACCAAGGCUGCCGACAGCGGCAUCACCUUUUGGGACACGAGUGACAUUUACGGUCCUUUUACCAAUGAGAAGCUCAUUGGCAAGUGGUUCGCCACGACGGGCAGGCGUGACGAGAUCUUCUUGGCCACCAAGUUUGCCAAUCGCUUCAUUGAUGGCAAGAUGGAGGUGUUCGGAGAUGCCGCAUACGUCAAAAAGGCCUGUGCCGAGUCCUUGGAAAGACUCCAAACCGACCGCAUUGACCUCUACUACCAGCACAGAGUAGACGAAAAGACGCCCAUUGAAGAGACGGUAGGCGCCAUGGCCGAGCUGGUCAAGGAGGGCAAGGUGCGAUAUCUGGGACUCUCGGAAUGCUCGGCCCGCACGCUUGAGCGCGCCCACAAGGUGCACCCGAUCGCCGCGGCGCAAAUGGAGUACUCGCCCUUUGCGCUCGAGAUCGAGUCGGACCAGACCAACUUUCUCAAGACGGCCCGGAAGCUCGGCGUCAAGAUUGUCGCCUACUCCCCCCUGGGCCGGGGCUUCCUCACGGGCGCCAUCAAGAGCCGCGCCGACCUCGACCCCACCGACUCCCGCUUCCAGCACCCGCGCUUCUCCGACGAGCACUUUGCCAGCAACCUCCAGCUCGUCGAGACCCUGGCCCAGAUUGCAAAGGACAAGGGCGUCACGCCCGGCCAGCUCGCCCUCGCGUGGGUGCUGGCGCAAGGUGAAGACUUCAUCCCUAUCCCGGGUACCAAGCGGGUCAAGUACCUGGAGGAGAACUUGCAGGCCGUCCAUGUCAAAUUGACCCCUGACGAGGUUACCAAGAUUAGAAAGGCUAUCGAGAGCGUUGGAGGAUCAAAGGGCGCACGUUACCCGCCGGCUAUGAUGGCCAAGUGUUUUGGUGACUCGCCUGAGCUCAAGUAA